AUGAAUAGGCCCUCGACUGACUCAACUCCGCCUACGCCGUCGAGCGCCAUUUUUACAACGAGGAGGGCUAUGACGUCGUUCGAGAACCUUGUCGCGUUGGCAAACCACCAGGAGAGGCUACGGGAGGCAGGCAAGAUGGUAUGGCGCGUUAGGGGAGAGCCGGUGGUCGAAUUGCAUGAUUUGAGCGGGUGUCUGAAGCAUGCAGCUACUGGCGGAAUACGCUCUGGUGCUCUUGCUUUCAAUAUCCGGGCUGCGUUCAACCUGAUAUUGGUUUUCAUCAGACUUCGCUCGAUUCCCAAAAAACAGCGGCUUCCAAUUAUCGGUCGCGCUAUAUUUGGGACAGAUACAUGGCGGUUCGCUGCUAUGCUUGGGACGUUUACUUCCGUCUACAAGUUCCUUAUCAAUGCCUUGCCUCUCCUCAUGCCUACACUUAAAUUCCCAUCCAAUCCAUUCUUCGAUGAUGACGAAGCGGCGUGGCAUACUGUCCAAGUUCCCAUUCCCUCCCCCCGCCACCGCAGACGUUCUCAGCGACUGUCAUUGAGUACCGAAGCUCAACAGGUUUUGGUGCGAAAGAAGACAAGGAGAUGGCAUGCAGCUCUAGCUGGCUUCACGGCCGGCGGCCUGGCUGUAUUGUUUGAGACUCGUGGAAGGAGGGUCACAAUAGCCCAGCAGAUGUUCGUUCGUGGUUUGCAAGGCUCUUUUAAUGCGUAUACCACCGCCAGGAAUAUCACAAUACCCUUUGGAGAUGUAAUAUUAUUUGCGUUGAUUAAUGCGCAGGUCCUAUAUGCCGCGUUUAUGCGACCGGACACACUACCCAGAUCGUAUCGCGCUUGGAUUGUCAGGGCAUCACAAGCUCCCAAAGAAGGAGUCAACAUAAACUACGAUCUAAUGCGGUCGCGUACAUUCAACCCCGACGAUUUUGACAAGCUUCUUUAUAGUAAUAAAUGGAAGGUGACGCCUGAGAAUGCUGCCUCACUGAUGGCAAAGAGAGAUGCUUUUUAUCUUGGUGCUCCCGGCUCCAUAGCGUCAUCUGAAGCAGGCUGUCACUGCCCGUGCGAAGGCCUCCAUCCGGGUCAGACCUCAUGCUGGGACGUGCCUUUCGCUCGUUUCUUCGCAGUGGCCAGAUUUAUGUUACCUGUUUACGGUGCUCUGCAUUUUCUGCCUCCAAUUCUAUUCCGAACCAAAGCCUUCAUGCGAGAUCCCUUGAAGAUUCUCGCGAAAGCAGGUUUCGGAACUGCUCGAAGCUGCACAUUCCUCGGGGUAUAUGUCGCUACAUACCAAGGCCUCGUAUGUGCGCGCGCCUUCAUCCACGAAUUCCUCACUUCCAUGUCACCCAAAUCAAUAUUCAAGAUCCCGCAGUGGCUUGUAGAUUUUUUGUUUAUGUCGAGGGCAGCGUAUUGGUGGCCUGGUCUUGCGACUGGAUUGAGCUUGCUCAUUGAGGAGAAGAAGAGGCGUGCGGAGCUGUCAAUGUAUGUGCUACCGAAAGCUCUUGAGAGCUUCUGGAACGUCGCAACAGGCAAAGUUCCUGGUGGAUUCAAGGGAGGUAAAGCUGGGGAAGCUUUGCUGUCGGCGCUGGGAAUGGCGAUGGUCAUGAGUACAUACCAGAUGGAGCCUCACCAUCUAUCGGGACUCGUAAGACGGAUAUUAUAUCAGUUCAUUGGGCCCAAUUGA